GUGCACACUCCUCCCCUGGCCCGCUCUCCCGCUGCCAUGGGGCCCUGUACUCCUCUCCUCACCUUGCUCCUUCUGUCGUGGUCGGGACCCCUUCAAGGACAGCAGCACCACCUGGUGGAGUACAUGGAGCGCCGACUAGUUGCCUUAGAGGAACGGCUGGCCCAGUGCCAGGACCAGAGCAGUCGGCAUGCUGCUGAGCUGCGGGACUUCAAGAACAAGAUGCUGCCGCUGCUGGAGGUGGCAGAGAAGGAGCGGGAGGCCCUCAGAACAGAGGCCGACACCAUCGCGGGGAGAGUGGACCGUCUGGAGCGGGAGGUUGACUAUCUGGAGACACAGAACCCAGCUCUACCCUGUGAAGAAGUUGACGAGAAAGUGGCUGGAGGUUCCGGGACCAAAGGCAAGGGCAGGAGAAAUGAGAAGUAUGAUAUGGUGACAGACUGUGGCUACACAAUCUCUCAAGUGAGAUCAAUGAAGAUCCUGAAGCGGUUUGGGGGUCCCGCUGGUCUAUGGACCAAGGAUCCACUGGGGCCAAUAGAGAAGAUCUACGUGUUAGAUGGGACACAGAAUGACACAGCCUUCGUCUUCCCAAGGCUGCGUGACUUCACCCUCACCAUGGCUGCCCGGAAGGCUUCCCGAAUCCGGGUCCCCUUCCCCUGGGUGGGCACAGGGCAGCUGGUAUACGGUGGCUUUCUUUAUUAUGCCCGGAGGCCUCCCGGAGGACCUGGAGGGGGCGGUGGGUCGGAGAACACUUUGCAGCUCAUCAAGUUCCACCUGGCCAACCGAACCGUGGCGGACAGCUCGGUGUUCCCAGCAGAGGGGCUGAUCCCCCCGUACGGGCUGACAUCGCACACGUACAUCGACCUGGCAGCUGAUGAGGAGGGCCUUUGGGCUGUCUAUGCCACCCAGGAGGAUGACAGGCACCUGUGUUUGGCCAAGUUAGACCCACAGACCCUGGACACAGAGCAGCAGUGGGACACGCCAUGUCCCAGAGAGAAUGCCGAGGCUGCCUUUGUCAUCUGUGGGACUCUGUAUGUCGUCUAUAACACCCGCCCUGCCAGUCGGGCCCGCAUCCAGUGCUCCUUUGAUGCCAGCGGCACCCUGACCCCAGAAAGGGCAUCACUCCCUUACUUCCCCCGCCGGUACGGUGCCCACGCCAGCCUCCGCUAUAACCCCCGAGAGCGCCAGCUCUAUGCCUGGGAUGAUGGCUACCAGCUUGUCUAUAAGCUGGAGAUGAGGAACAAAGAGGAAGAAGUUUGAGGAGCUAACCUUGUGUUACGCGUCUCUCUCAUCUCCACACAUUUAUAUCCCCACUAAAUUUCCUGUUCCUCAUUAUCCCAAUGUGGGCAAGUUGUCGUUAAAAUCUCUUAUUUUUAGCCAAUGGAAGCCAAGUUCUCAUGGCCCCUUCAUUUCAUAUGGGAUCUUGACUAAUCCUUUUGGAGCUGAAAGAGAGAAAACCCUAAGGGUUCACUCCUCUCCCCCGCCCCAUGUCAACAAAUUUCAGGCCAAAGGCGACCCAGGACCAGAGCCCUGACCCUCCGCUGGGGGCAACCCCAGUCAGAGGCAAGAGUGUUUCUUGCCCUGGCGUGAGCUGGAGGAGAGAGGACUGGGAGACUUUCAACUCUGCCCUCUCUCCCUGUGGUGCCCUCAAGAAUGGGACUUUCUCCACCUCAUUUUGUACUGAAACGUCUUGCAUUAAAAGGAAA